AUGGUGUCAUGGGGAAGGCAAAACAGUGUACAGCAGGUUAAGCAAAUUGUCAUUCCAAGGAGAGGCAAUUUUAUCAUAACAAACUCACAGGACCGCAUUAUACGAACAUUUGAUUUAAAUGACAUUUUGGAUUGUCAAAAUGGCUCCACAAUUGAGCCAAAGCAUCGUGUCACAGACAUCGUUAAUAAGGCAUCUUGGAAAGCUGUUUGUACAGACAGUGAAGGUUAUUAUAUAUGUGGAGCCAGCACGAAAGCGCACUCCUUGUAUGUUUGGGAACGGACCACUGGCACUUUGAUUAAGAUCCUACACGGAACUAAGGUUGAAAACUUUACAUCAUUGCAGGGCGAGUGUUUGAUGGAUGUUCAGUGGCAUCCUAUUCGGCCGGUUAUACUAUCCGUUGCUAAUGGCAUGGUAUCGGUGUGGACUCAGGCUCACGUUGAGAACUGGUCUGCAUUUGCACCAGAAUUCACUGAAUUAGAAGAAAAUGCGAAAUAUGAAGAGAAAGAGGGGGAGUUUGAUCUAGAGGAUGAAGACGCUGAAGUGGACGAUAAAGCUAAUUCACAGGAGGACAACAUCAACAGCCUAUUACCAGAUGUGACAUUGAAAACCGGUCCUCUGUGGUUCCUGCCAAUCACUCCGGAAUGUGACUCUGCUGAGACUUUACCACUUCCUGGGGGACAAUUCACAGUUAUUCUCGCUAGUCAAAUUUUGAGCGCUCUUGAGGAAGAAAGUCGGAAGAGAGCUCUACCCGAUGACGGUGCCGGUAUGAGAGCUCCAAUGAAAGGACGAAAACUGAAGUAG